AUGGAUGAUCAGACCGACACCUUUUUAAAUACAACUGAAUUACUCAAAUGGUUGGCUUUUGGAGUGUUGCUUUUGAGUAUAGUAAUGGGCAAUACGAUGAUUAUAAUUGUUCAAUGCCUAAGCCGUCGUCGAUUUGGCAACAUCCCCAAUCAACUGAUUUUCAAUCUUGCGGUUGCGGACCUGUUCAAUGGCUUAUUAUUGCUCUGUUCAAUGAUCAGACCUCGAGACCUUAGUCACUUUUCCAGUUCUGCUCGUAAAAUUUGGUGCAUUGUUCCUCAAGUUCUCGCACACGUCGGCUGCACUGCGAGUUUCUACAUCAUUGGGGCAAUUGCCGUUGAUCGUUACUUUUUAAUUAUUCAUCCGAUCAUCCAUCGAAAGUAUGUGACGAAGUGGUCUAUUUCUGCUACCAUAGCUGUUAUUUGGUGCAUAACUGCUUUAAUAUCAACCGGACCCAUUUUUUGGAUCAACACUGACAUGCAAAGUAAUUGCAGUAACUAUAAAGUUGAAGUGAGGUAUUACGACAAAUGUGUUUUACUUCCGAAUGUCAUGAUAGUAUGGCUGGUCCUCCUCAUAGCUUACUGGCGAAUUUGGAGAGCAACAAGAGCAUACACGAAUGAAUUGCGAACGAGGUCCAAAGAAGUUGGUCAGAUAAGUAAAAUCAGCAAGAGGAAGAGCAAUACGGCGGUACUUACAAUCCUUGGAUGUUUUUCAAUCUGUUGGCUGCCUUACAUGGUCCUGGAAUUACUAGCAGCAUUUGGUUCAUAUGAAACGAAUAAUAAAUUAUAUUUUAUUGUGAGUGCUAUAGCACUUUGCAACAGCGGUAUAAACCCAGUUAUUUACGCUUGGAGGAACCCAGCCUUUCAGGAAGCUUAUCGCCGCCUUUUUAGGCGAAAGGCACCAAAUAAUAAUUGCAAUGUUUCAUCUGAAAAUAAUGUGAACAAAAAUAGCGAGUCGAAGAAUGAUGAUAGUCACUAUAUCGAUGCUAUUACCUUAGGGACAAUCUCAGCUGAAGUUAAUUUGAAUGUAACAGGACAGGGAUCGUAG